CACUAAAUGAUGGCAAAUCAUUACAUGUGUUUUUUUUCACAUAAAAAUCACUGUAUAAACCUCCCUAAUAGGAAGCCUUUUUUCCAUCUUUCUGCUGUUAUCUUUCAUUUAAAGCAUUGAAAUUUUAGCCUAGACUUCCCCUAAACCAAAAUGGCUUCAACCUGUAUCUCAAACUGCAUCACUGACGCUAGGGUCCCAAUCAGGCCAACAUAUGUGAACCUCUACAAAUGGCCGGAAUCCGAUGCCGAGUUCGUCAGGUCACUGAGCUCCGACGGGCGCACCGGCGGGGGAGGUCGUGUGCGGUCCACCGUGGUUGAUAGCAUUUCAUGUAGGCAAAUGUACCUUAGAAGCUAUACUUUCCAUAGGAAUGAAGCUGGGCCUGAGAAAACUAAAUGUUUUGGCAGAGUUAAGAAGGAAAGAAGAAAAAGGAAUAAGUCAAAGAAGCAGCGCAUGGCGCUGAGAAGGGCCAAAGAGGUAUCUUUUGCCGCCUUAUUGGCUAUGUUCCGCAGGCUGUUGUCUUGUACCACCAAGGUUGAUGUGGCUGAUCAUGGUGGUUGAACCACCAUUUUCAGCCAUUAAAACUUCCAUUUUUCUAUUUUUGUUGUUUCUAUAUAGCUUUCUAAUAGCAUUUAAGUUUUUUAAAAAAUUAUUUUGAUGCCUUUUUUUCACUUCCCUCUUUGUUGGUGGAAAUAGAGUAAUGAUAUCUAUAAUAUCAUGAUAUGUUAAUGGUUAAACCCAUUUUCACCUUCUAAAAUUAUAAAGCGUUUAGCUAUAUUUCAAGUUCCUUUGCUUUUGGUGUCUGGUUUUGUGCUUUGUGGUUCUUCCCUCUGGGUUUCUGUCACUGUCAUUCAUGUAUCUAAAAACAAAACAAGAAUAUAUAUAUAAAUUAUAUGCAUUUAUAUUAAA